AUGGUUUUGAUGUUGUGGGACCAUUGCCUGACUUUUGGUGAAGAAGUAGCAACAAUGUGGGGCCCUCUGAACGAGCGCAUUCUUACGAAAGUUGUCCACAUACUGAAUCGCUACUUUACGGAAGCAGUGUUAAUAUACCGUCUUUAUGCGACGAGUGAACUAGGACGCUCUCCUGAUAGCAAUGUCAACGUAAGAUACACUGGCUUCUUGAGAGAAGUCACUCACAACAUACGUGCAGAUGUAAAGCAGUGGUUUGGCUUGCUAACGAAUCUGCUAUUAUCUCUACAUCAUGAUGCGCGUCUAUCGCCUUUGGGAUCACAGGCAGUCUGUUCGCAAGACGUUGCUCGUUGCAUUCGGUAUCUGCAUAACAGCCUUAACGAUUCUAUCGACCCUGUCGGUCCUGAGCUACUUGAAGACCGGAGGCAAAUAUCCACCGAAUCCCAGAAUAUCUGCGACAUCGAAAGAAUACCGCCGACAGUACCCUGCUCAGUAGGUGUCUUGUUGCUCUUUGAUGUCUUUGUGAUUGUUAUCACCAUCUACAAUUCCCUGGAAAAACCGCGUCGUUCCGAAAGUGAGCUUUUAGAUUCACUGAUGUGUGACGGCGCCCGGAACUACUUGGCAGUUUGCAUUCUAUGGCUCCUUAUUCUGGUGUCUUCUGUUACAAUAAACGCGGCCGUAUUUUUUUCUCUAUUUACCCUUGUGUGCUCCCUGAAUGCGAAUAUCGCUGCACGAGUGCAUCUUCGCGUGGAAGGCCUCCGACUUAUUGUCCCUACACGUUCCAUUACGAUCUAUCGAGGUUCAGCAGAAAUUUGGCAUUCAUGA